AUGGCCCUGCAGGCCUUCGACCUGGAGGAGGAGGAGAAGCCGGAGAGGGAACACCACAGCCAGCCCACAGUAGUGUCCAACUGGACAGCCAGGACGGAACCGGGUGCCGGUCCAGGAGUCCGGGAUGAAUGGAGGCGGCGCCAGGGGAUCCGCCGCCUCGCCUCCUGCCCUGGGCGCGGGGCGGUGACUUGGUCGCGGGUAGCCCGGCAGCCUCCGCGCCCCGGUAGGGCGUGCGCCUCUCCACAGGCAGCCCGUGCGCGAAGUCCUCGGUCCCCGGAGUUGCCCAAGACGCCGGGUGACUCCUUCCCGGAGACCCUCCCCCUCUGGGGCGCGUCAUUCUCCCCACCUCUAAGUCCGGACCCUGGCGGUUUCUCGUGCCUCGGCCACGGCGGGGACAAGUCGCGACCACCUGCUGCGGCGCCGGGAGCCCGGGGCGCCGUCCGCCCGCAGAUCGGUCGGUGCGCCCAGGGCCGCAUGGAGCUGCCGGCCAGCAACGCCAGCUGCGAGAACGGUUCCCUGAUCAGCGCAUACUGCUCGUCCCAACAAGUACUGUGCCAGAUUGUGGGUGACCUCAGCCCCGAGGUACCCAGCAAUGUCACCGUUCACACCUGGCAGGAGAGGAUCAGGCAGAACUACGGCUUCUACAUCGGCCUGGGCCUGGCCUUCCUGUCCAGCUUUCUCAUCGGCAGUAGCGUCAUCCUCAAGAAGAAAGGCCUCCUGCGACUGGUGGCCACAGGGGCCACUCGGGCUGUGGCUGCUGGAGAAGCUGCCAACUUCGGGGCCUACGCAUUUGCUCCUGCAACAGUUGUCACACCCCUGGGAGCGCUGAGCAUCCUCAUAAGUGCCAUCCUCUCCUCGUAUUUCCUGGGAGAGACUCUGAAUCUGCUGGGAAAGCUGGGCUGUGUGAUCUGUGUGGCUGGCAGCACCGUGAUGGUGAUACACGCCCCCGAGGAAGAGAAGAUCACCACAGUCUCUGAGAUGGCUUCCAAGAUGAAAGACACAGGGUUCAUCGUGUUUGCUGUGCUUAUGUUGGUGUUCUGCCUCAUCCUUAUCUUCGUUAUUGCCCCACGUUAUGGGCAGAGGAAUAUCCUGGUUUACAUCAUCAUCUGCUCUGUGAUCGGGGCCUUCUCUGUGUCCGCCGUCAAGGGACUGGGCAUCACCAUUAAGAACUUCUUCCAGGGGUUGCCCGUUGUGCGGCAUCCCCUCCCCUACAUCCUGUCCCUCAUCCUGGCGCUUUCGCUCAGCACUCAGGUCAACUUCCUCAACAGGGCGCUGGACAUUUUCAAUACCUCCCUGGUGUUCCCCGUCUACUACGUGUUCUUCACCACAGUGGUGGUUACCUCCUCCAUCAUCCUCUUCAAGGAGUGGCACAGCAUGUCUGCCAUGGACAUUGUGGGCACCAUCUCUGGCUUUGUCACCAUCAUCUUGGGUGUGUUCAUGCUUCAUACUUUCAAGGAUCUGAAUGUCAGCUUCGCUAGCUUGCCCCACAUGCACAAAAACACAACCCCAACCCCAGCUCCCACCCCAGAGCCCACAGUCAUUAGACUGAAAGAUAAGAAUGUUCUUGUGAACAACAUGGAACUCUCCAGCACCCCAUCUCCAGAAGAGAAGCCCAAAGUAUUUAUAAUCCAUUCUUAAAACUUGGAAUACAUGAGGGAGAGGUUGAGCCCUACUGUACAGCCUGACCUCUCAACUUCAGAACCACCUGGUGAUUUUCACACAACUGCAUUGCCUGUUUCCAAUGGGCUAUCUUCCCUUGAGAGUUUUAUUUAUACCUCAUCACUGUUUCCAGGAGAAAAAUCCCUAGCCAGUGAGGGGUGGUGGCAGAACUUUCUGGAAACACAGCCUCAGUGACCAAAUAACCCUAGUUUACAUUGGUGCCAGCAGGUCCCCUGGACCUUCCUUCUCACUUUUCCCCCAGUGCCAUCUCUGGCUGUGUGUGUUGUUGGGAAGAAGACAGAAAUUGACCCAUUUAAUGUGGCAGAGUCUGAGAACUUCCCUGAAAUAUUUAUUAGUUGUUGGAAAAUCCUUAGCACCAAUUCUCAUGCUGAGAUUGAAUCAUGUUCCUUAGGAUUCCUAAGGAACCUAGGGAUGAGGUGCAGCUGGCUCCCAGGUGCUCAGAGAGGGGUUGGCUUGCCUCCCUAUCCAGAGCUGACAGAGAUGCAACUAAUGCAGAAUUUCCUGUUGCUUUUGCCACAUCCUCUUCGGAGACACAGCAAGACCUCAGCUGACCUUCUUACUGUGAAAGCCACCUGCUGUCUCAGGGACAAAUUUUGACCAGUCCAUUCCCCGAGAACUCUAGCCUGGAAGUCAGCAUCUGUGUUUCCAUCCACCCCUUCCCUACCU